GCCUUACUCAUUCCGUAUGCGGCCAUGCGAGGCUAAAUAUACAUCAAUUGCUGGCCGCCGUUGGAAUUGGGUUCCUUUGUCUCUCCCCCCUUCAUCUUUCUAUUGCCCAUUGCCUCUUUCUCUUUGUGGUGUAUAGACAGACAGGCACAAUGGCGAAGAACGUCUUCGCCGUCCAGAUUUUCUUCAUUGUGUUCCGAGAGUGCUUGGAAGCUGUCAUCAUCAUCUCAGUCCUCCUCUCUUUCCUCAAACAAUGUCUCGGUGGACCAGGCCAAGACCAGGCCAUCUAUAAACGCCUGGUCAGGCAGGUAUGGCUUGGCUCAGCAGCUGGUAUUGUCAUCUGUCUUAUCAUUGGUGGUGCUUUCAUCGGAGCCUUCUACGGCCUUGGCAAGGACAUCUGGUCCCAGUCUGAGGAUCUCUGGGAGGGUAUCUUUUAUCUGAUUGCCACAAUUAUCGUCUCAAUCAUGGGACUUGCCCUGCUAAGAAUCAACAAGAUGAAGGACAAGUGGCGUGUCAAGAUUGCUCAUGCCUUGGCUGAAAAGUCUGGCAAUUCUGAAAAGCCGAGGAACUGGCUCAGCGACUGGUCCAGGAGACACGUCAUGUUCAUCUUGCCGUUUAUUACCACUUUGCGAGAAGGAGUUGAGGCUGUCGUCUUUGUUGGUGGCGUCUCUCUUAGCUUGCCCGCAACGGCCUUCCCUCUGCCUGUUGUUUGCGGAAUCAUCGCUGGUCUCGCCGUCGGUUUCUUCAUCUACCGCGGUGGCAACCUGAUGUCGAUACAGCUCUUCCUCAUUGCUUCGACCAGUGUUUUAUAUCUGAUUGCCGCCGGCAUGUUCUCCAAGUCUAUCUGGAGUCUGCAAUACCACACAUUUGCUCAGCGUGUCGGAAGCGAUGUCGCUGAAGAAGGCAAUGGCCCCGGCUCAUACAAUAUUCUCGAGACCGUCUGGCAUGUGAACUGCUGCAAUCCCGAAACCGACAACGGCUGGGAUGUUUUCAACUCCAUCCUCGGUUGGCAGAACACCGCCACGUACGGCUCAGUUAUCGCUUACAAUGUUUACUGGAUAUUCCUCGUUCUUACAGUUUCUCUGCUCAUGUACGAGGAGAAGACGGGAUCACUGCCAUUGAAGAAUCAAUUCCUAAACACCGCAUCCAAGGUUCCAGGCCUCCGCCGAUGGGUCGAGAAGAAGCGUGCGAAGAAAGAAGUCAACGAAUUCGAGGUUUUCCAGCAGGUUCAAGCUGCAGGACUUUUGCGAGAGUAAGCUGGGGUUUCAGCAAGAUUGGGAUGCAUAGCGGGGCCACGAAAAUGGGUUAUGAUAUUAUGUUGAUGGGAGUUUUGUAUUGAUGACGAAUAUAUCCAAAUGGCAAGGAGGGCUCGGUUAGACCUCGCAGGCUGAUUUUAUACUAUAGCUUGUGAAGGAGAUAAUAAAAUUUUUCUUUCAUCUGCGGG